GCGGCAGUGUUGGCCAUGGCGGCGGCGGCGGCGGCGGCGGCGGCGGGGCUGGCGGGGCUGGCGGCGCGGCCGCUGGGCGCGGCGGAGCCGCUGGCGCUGGGCUCGCUGCGGGGGAAGGUGCUGCUGGUGGCCAAUGUGGCGUCGCUCUGAGGCACCACCACCCGCGACUUCCUGCAGCUCAACGAGCUGCAGCGGCGCUACGGGCCACGCGGGCUGCAGGUCCUCGGCUUCCCCUGCAACCAGUUCGGACACCAGGAGAAUGCUAAGAACGAGGAGAUCCUGCUCUCGCUGGAGCACGUACGUCCCGGCAACGGCUACAAGCCCAAUUUCAUCAUGUUCGAGAAGUGCGAGGUGAACGGGAAGGACGCGCACCCCCUCUUCACCUUCCUGAAAGAGGCGCUGCCCUUCCCGCACGAUGACCCCUCCUCGCUGAUGACCAACCCGCAGUACAUCAUCUGGUCCCCCGUCUGCCGCAACGACAUCUCCUGGAACUUCGAGAAGUUCCUCAUCGGCCCCGACGGCGUGCCCUUCAAACGCUACAGCCGGCAUUUCGAAACCAUCAAGAUCCAGGAUGAUAUUGAAUUGCUUCUGCAGAAGGUUCCCAAGAAUGUUCUGGAAUAAAGCAGAGUGCCACAGCGUUCGCCAGCUGGCCCCCUUGCUUCCUACCUUGUGCGCCCGCCUGUUCCCCUCGCAGGGGGCUGCUGCUCAGGCAGAAAUCCCGAUGUCUUGUGCAGGUUUUGCUUGUGAUGGUGCGUCUUCCAAAUUCUCGAAGUGUACUUGAUGUUUUCAAAAGCUGCACGAGAAUGUUUGGGAAACUAUGCCGAGGAAAGCAGCCAUGAGUCUCAGUAGCUUCCUGUGAUUUUCUGAACAAAAAUAAAUGCUACUUUCUUUAA